UAUCCCGUGAGCUGGUCGUUGAGGGAGGAAAAAAAAAACAAAACACAACAUACUAAGUAAUGAACCGGAGACCUAAGGCUGAGCUCUCCCACAAAUUACAAUGUGUAGCAUUCAGAUUAGACACGGAGGUUUCCUCCAGGGGUGAGGAAGCUAACAUCAGCUAGCUAGCCUACCGGCUCUGUUGUUCACCAUGAAUUUAAGAGGACUCUUUCAGGACUUCAAUCCCAGUAAGUUCCUGAUCUACUCCUGCCUGCUGCUGUUCUCCGUGUUGCUGUCCCUGAAGCUGGACGGGGUCAUCCAGUGGAGCUACUGGGCCGUGUUCACCCCAAUAUGGCUGUGGAAACUGUUGGUGAUCAUCGGGGCCUCCGUGGGCACCGGAGUGUGGGCCCACAACCCUCAGUACAGGGCUGAAGGGGAGACGUGCGUGGAGUUCAAGGCCAUGCUGAUAGCGGUGGGGCUGCACGUCCUGCUGCUGAUGUUCGAGGUGUUGGUGUGCGACCGCGUGGAGAAGGGCAAAUACUUCUGGCUCCUCGUCUUCAUGCCGCUCUUCUUCGUGUCGCCCGUUUCCGUAGCAGCGUGCGUCUGGGGCUUCAGACACGAUCGCUCCCUUGAGCUGGAGGUGCUUUGUUCUGUAAAUAUCCUGCAGUUCAUCUUCAUUGCUCUGAGGUUGGACAAAAUCAUACUCUGGCCUUGGCUGGUGGUGUGUGUCCCGCUGUGGAUCCUCAUGUCCUUCCUGUGCCUUGUCGUCCUCUACUACAUCAUCUGGUCAGUCCUCUUCCUCCGCUCCAUAGACAUCAUCGCCGAGCAACGGCGCACGCACAUCACCAUGGCAAUCAGCUGGAUGACCAUCGUUGUACCUCUUCUCACCUUUGAGAUCCUGUUGGUGCACAAGCUGGAUGGUCACAACAGUCUGAGCUACGUGUGUGUGUUUGUCCCGCUGUGGCUCUCUCUGCUCACACUCAUGGCCACAACCUUUGGACAGAAAGGAGGAAACCACUGGUGGUUCGGCAUCCGUAAGGAUUUCUGCCACUUCCUGCUGGAGCUGCUGCCCUUCCUCAGGGAGUACGGCAACGUGUCCUACGACCUCCAGCGCAGCGAGGACCCCGAGGCGGUCGACGACCUGCCCGUCCCCGAGGCGCCGCCCAAGAUCGCCCCCAUGUUCCACAAGAAGACGGGCGUGGUGAUCACUCAGAGCCCCGGGAAGUACUUCGUCCCGCCGCCGAAGCUCUGCAUCGACAUGCCCGACUAAACGCCGGAGCCGGCCGCGCCCGCAGCCACCGGACUCUUAUUUUAAAAAGAAAAAAAAAACUAUUAAAGCCAAAGCUGCAGAGGACACGGUGUACAGAGUUAUCUGCUGACCUGAAGGAGUCAGAGCGGCAACCUGAACUGAGCCGCGGCGCUUCGCUGCUCCUGCAAAGGAGGCGGGGUCUGUUCAGAGCCGGCGGAUCAGAACUCCUCACUCUGGUUUCUUCAGUUGUUUGAAGACUCUUCCCUCAUCUGUCUAGCAGCAAGUCGUCAAACUGACUGUUUUUUCGCCUCUCGGUGAAUCACACUGUGUUGCUUAUGUCUAAUCUUGACGAACCUUUUGGUUUAUUUGACUACAAAGAUAAUCUGAGAUUAGGGUCUGCUUGAGGCCGAGUCGGGUCAGACUGGAUUUGACUCUGAAACGUUUUCAGGGUUAUAAAAAAAAAAAAAAAGAUGCAUCAGGUUGUGAUGGGGGACCAUUGGAAAGACUCUGUGGCUUCAUGAUGGGAUCAGUGUAGCUCUCGUUGUUUUGUCUUUAAUGUAGCCAUAAAUCAAACAUGCAUGGCUACAUUAAAGAAAUAAGAGGGUUAAUUUAAUAGUUUUAUUCAGGUUUGUUUGAUUACAAUGCUUGCAUGUCGGUGCGUUCAAGAGAAAGUCACUGUGAUCACACCAGAGAUUCUUUCCAAACACUUUUUUACUACAUAUGCACUUCUUCAUUGAACUCACAAUGUUCUUUUGUUUUUUUUGUAGAAAAGAACUAUUUCCAAUUUAAAAUUUUUCCAAUCAUAAUUUUUGUUGUAUUAUUGAAAGAAUGUUUUUUUGGUGAAGUUUUAUUAACAAAAACCAGACAACAAAUGGUUUGUUGCUACAGGAACAGGUUGUAAAAGUAUUUUGGUUAUCGUGAUACGUUUUCAAUCUGGCAUUAGAUUUUAAUAUAACUUUACUCUAGAGUAAAUCAAUCAAUCAAAAUUUUGUGGCCAAUUUUUCUUUUUCAUAUAUUUUUUCCUUU